AAUUAAAGAUACCUAAUCCACACAAAAUACACACUAAAUACACCUCGUAAGCAUGUAGUGUGUGACUGUUCCAUAUGUUCCACGGUGGCCCCCAUUGACCACACCACCAAAUAUCCCUUCCUACAUUCCCAUUGACCAAGUGGGCCCCUACCCCCCUCUCUCCCUCUCUCUUAAAACCCCCUUCUCACUCUAUAAAUUCCUCUCAUGCAAAGAUUGUCCUAAAGCAACACACAACUGCCCCAUUAAGGCAUCCCACCACCACCAACAAUGCACAGCCAUAAUACCACCGACGGCGGCGGCGGCGGAGGCAGAAGCAGAAUGGACUUACUAUGGGCGGAGAAGGGCGGCGGCGGCCCGACCGGAGAAAUCCACCUACCGGAAAGCCCGAGAGGCCCGAUGGAGUUUCUGGCGAGGUCCUGGAGCGCCUCGGCCUUCCAAGUCUCCAAAGCCCUCUCCUCUUGCCCAAACCCUUCUUCAAUGCCACCUCCCAAGGGCGGCGGCGCCGCGACCAUACCGGAAAACCCCGCCGGAGAAGAAGACGACUCCGGGAAGCUUUCCGGGAACGCAUUCUCGUUCGCCUCUUCUGCUACCUCUCAGCUCAUUCUCGAACGGAUUAUGUCUCAAUCCGAAAUAUCACCAUUGACAUCAGGAAGGCUUUCUCACAGCAGUGGGCCUUUAAAUGGCUGUCUUACUGAAGAAACUGAGUCUCCUCCAAUCUCCCCUUCUGAGGAGUAUGAGGAUGUCAUCAAGUAUCUACGGGCCAACAAUACUCUGCAACCUCUAUUCACUGGCACGCCUCGCGUGGGAGGGGGAACAGGCGGCACCACCACGCCAGGCGGCAAGACAGUGGGACGGUGGCUCAAGGAGCGGAGGGAGAAGAAGAAAGAAGAAAGCAGAGCCCAGAAUGCGCAGCUGCACGCGGCUGUUUCAGUGGCCGGAGUGGCUGCAGCCGUCGCUGCAAUAGCAGCUGCUACGGCAGCUGCCUCCGCCAAGCAGAAGGACGAGCACAUGGCCAAGACCGACAUGGCCGUGGCGUCGGCAGCCACAUUAGUGGCUGCACAGUGCGUGGAAGCAGCAGAGGCGAUGGGGGCUGAUCGGGACCAUCUCAUGUCCGCCAUCAGCUCUGCUGUAAGUGUUCGGUCGCACGGCGACAUAUCCACUCUCACCGCAGCUGCAGCCACUGCUCUACGUGGGGUCGCUACAUUGAAGGCGAGGGCGCUGAAAGAAGUGUGGAAUGUAGCAGCGGCGAUUCCGGUGGAAAGAGGGAACAACUCGAGUAGUAACAAUUCGGGGAGUUACUGUGAGGAGCUAUUGCCGGAGGAGAAUUUUCUGGCUGCCUGUAAUCAAGAAAUGCUCGCUCGAGGAACCGAGCUUCUAAAAAGGACUCGCAAAGGCGAUCUUCACUGGAAAAUCGUAUCGGUUUACAUUCACCGUAGCGGGAAUGUGAUGCUGAAGAUGAAGAGCAAGCAUGUGGCGAAUACGAUCACCAAGAAAAAGAAAAAUGUGGUUGUGGAGGUUUGCAAGGAUAUGCCGGCAUGGCCGGGGAGACAUCUAUUCGAGGAUGGAGAGCAGAGGCGGUAUUUCGGGCUGAAGACACAAGUUCGAGGAGUCGUAGAGUUCGAGUGCAAGAAUGCGAGGGAGUAUGAGAUGUGGACACAGGGUGUGUCUAGGCUUCUCUCCAUUGUUGCAGAGAGAAAGAAAAGGCACAGCAAAUAGCCAUAACACCACCUAAUCUAUCUAUAUAUAUGUAUCUAAAGCUUAUAACUGUAAUAACUAUGUAAGAAUUAUGCCUACCAACUAGUUCUAUCAAGGAUUGCUAGUUUUGAGCUAUUAUAAAGCAUGUAGAGACAUAAUUUCAAUUAUAAUGGCUAGAAAUUUAAUUGCAAUAGAUUGGAACAUGCCUGGGA